UGAACAGGGUGGAGGGUGAAGCGGAUCCCUCCCAUCCGCAGGCGGCGGCGCUCGCGCUCCCUGAGUGAGGGGGCCGCGGGGGCUCUGCGUCCCCCCGCCGCGCCUCCGGGGGACCGGAGGUGGCCACUGCUUGAACCCAGGCCGAGGGGCCUGGGGCCGUCUAUCCUGCCGCUUCCCGACAACUCGGCGGCCUCUCAUCGCUCGGAGGGGAGUGGGGCGGCGGUGCCCCCUCCCCGGGCAGUCUGUGGGCCGCGCCCCGCCGCCGCCACCACCCCUCCCCCCGGCCGGCCGGCCUCCCCGGGCCGCACCCCGCCUCCCCUCCCUCCGCAGCGUCGCCUAGCCGAGCUGGGAGAAGGGGAAUGGGCGGUCCCGGCCCUUAGCCCCCGGCUGCGGCGGCUGCUCCUCCUCCUGGGUCCCAGCGUCUCGGUGGCCUCCGCUCGAUGCUGGCGGAGCUGGCUGGGGUCUCCGCGGUGUUGUGAGCGUUACGGCCGUCCCGUAGUCGCCAUGUCCGGCGUGGUGCGCACCCUGAGCCGCUGCCUGCUGCCGGCCGAGGCCACGGGCCGCGCCGGGGAGCAGACGCGGCGGGAGGGCAAGGAGCGGAGCCGCGAUGCGGAGCGGGAGGCGCGGCGGCGGAGCCGGGAGAUCGACGCGAUGCUGGCCCGGGAGAGGCGGGCUGUCCGCCGCCUGGUCAAGAUCCUGCUGUUGGGCGCCGGCGAGAGCGGCAAGUCUACUUUCCUCAAGCAGAUGCGGAUCAUCCACGGUCGUGAGUUCGACCAGAAGGCGCUGCUGGAGUUCCGGGCCACCAUCUACGAGAACAUCCUCAAGGGCUGCAGGGUUCUGGUUGAUGCACGGGACAAACUGGGGAUCCCUUGGCAAUACACCGAGAAUGAGAAGCAUGGAAUGUUUUUGAUGGCUUUUGAAAACAAAGCUGGAAUGCCCAUAGAGCCUGCCACCUUCCAGCUGUAUGUGCCCGCUCUGGGCGCGCUGUGGAGGGAUUCGGGAAUCAAGGAAGCCUUCAGUCGUCGCAGCGAGUAUCAGCUGGGUGAAUCGGUGAAAUACUUCUUGGAUAACCUGGAUCGAAUCGGUCAGCUGAACUAUUUCCCCAGCAAGCAAGAUAUUUUGCUGGCUAGAAAAGCCACCAAGGGGAUAGUAGAGCACGAUUUCAUCAUUAAAAAAAUACCUUUCAAGAUGGUGGAUGUAGGUGGACAGAGAUCUCAGCGUCAGAAGUGGUUCCAGUGCUUUGAUGGAAUAACUUCGAUUUUGUUCAUGGUCUCCUCCAGCGAGUACGAUCAGGUGCUCAUGGAAGACAGGCGCACAAACAGACUUGUGGAGUCCAUGAAUAUCUUUGAGACAAUAGUCAAUAACAAGCUUUUCUUUAAUGUUUCUAUUAUCCUAUUCCUCAACAAGAUGGAUCUUCUUGUAGAGAAGGUAAAGACUGUCAGCAUUAAGAAGUAUUUCUCGGACUUCAAAGGCGACCCUCACAGGCUAGAAGAUGUUCAGCGUUACCUGGUGCAGUGCUUUGACAGAAAGAGGAGGAACCGGAGUAAGCCUCUCUUCCAUCACUUCACCACUGCCAUAGACACUGAAAACAUCCGUUUUGUGUUCCAUGCCGUGAAGGACACCAUCCUUCAAGAGAAUCUGAAGGAUAUUAUGUUGCAGUGAAGGAGAGCAGCCCGUGUUCUGUUAAAGUUUGCUGGAGGGUUAGAUCAAAGUUUUUGUCCUUUCUUUAUGGCCCUUGCAUGUGGUGUAGGACCCAUGCUAAUUACUUGGCUCAGGAGUGCUGUUAACUAGCCAGUCCAAACAGAGGAGCUAUAGGCCGAAGGAGUCAAAUGUUGAUGUUAGCUACUGAAUCAUUUGGACUAGAAACACUACUGAAACAUGGCCGUGGUGGGUUCUGUACCUAGGUUGGAACGCUGAAUAACACAACCACCUUCUGCCUUCUUAGAAAAAAGAAAUCUCUGACAGACCAUGUGUGGAAGACACGUUGUUUUACAUGAAUAUGCUCAUUUUUCAGAGACACUGGUUGUACAAACUGCCUUUUUUUUCCUUUUUGUAGUUUGGAGGUGCUGAAUUGAUCAAACUAAUCUUAACAGUAUGUGGUUGGAAGCUGUAUUAGAGAAUGUUAAUGGAAGUUCCAUUCUUAAUCUUUAGGUCUAAGCAGAUUUUUUUUGGUGCGUGUUCAGCUUCGCUGAGGGUCUGGAAUCCACUUAUCAAUGUGGAUGCACAGCUCUUGUCUGAAGGUUUUGCUUGAGUCUUCUGAGGCAGAAGUCCAAAACUGUGUAAGGAAAUCCAUGCUGGAGUAACUUGGAUGAGAAGUUGAGGCCUCGCUGAGAUGGUGAAGGGUUCAUUUUGCACUAUGUGAAGGGGCAUCACAUCACAGGGAAACUGAUCUCCUUGGUGAAGUGGCCUGUGCUAGAACACAGUGGGUGCUCGAGAGAGAUGUACUUUGGGGAAACUCAGCACUGUUCUCACACCCACAGCUGGCAGCAUUUGUGAAGGUUCAGUGUCUCUAAUGACAGGGCUUUAUCUAUAGUCAAAACUUGGAAAGCUGAUUAAACUCUUAAGAAAAGGUUUUGGUAGCAGAGCAGCUGCUUGAUUAGUUCCCAACAGCUGACCUUAUAGGAAGACUGAACACCCUAGAGAUCCCAGUUUUACAGCUGCACUGAUGUAUUUGGACAGCAAGACCUUGCUGUAUAAUUAGCCUUUAAUCUGUGUCUUAAUGGGAUCUUUAGCCUGUAGUAAUGCACAUAGAAUUCUGAGUACAGUCAGGUUUGGAGUUGCUCGUUUUGGGCAAUGGGUUGUGUGUAAAACUGCAAGAGGCUGUGAAAAAUGUUGAUAUGAACUGUUCAUUUCCUAGCUCUGUCUGUAACUAACUGUCAGGUGCCUUUUACUGUGUACAGACACAUCAGAACUUUUCUCCUGCAGUGAGGUACAUGGACAAACUGAAGAUCUGCCUUUUAUGUCAGCAUUGUAGCGCUAUCUUCGAGGUAACUUUCACAGAUAAUUUACUGUGCAAUUUAUAUCACAGCUUUUAUCCAAGAAUAAAACCUGAAGGGCUGUUUGUACCCACAAAGAGUCAGCAGAUUCCCUGGAGUUCUUCUCCCCUUUGAGUUUGUGAUGGCAAACAUCAAAACAAGCAACAUUUGACUUCAGCUGGUAACCCCCUGGGAAAUGCGCUCAGAAAAAAGCCCUGUUCCGUUGUCCUUUCAUGUUCAUUUGGAUAAAAUCUGGAAUCUUUCUUCCCCUCUGAAGCUUGCAGAUGUUCAUAUCAGUAUUUUUGUGUCAUUUCCUAAUGUAUCAGUCUCUUGGCUUUCCUUGUGCAGGCUUCAGAGUGGCAAAGAUGUGUCCAUUUCAGUGCUGCAUAACACACACGGUAUCGAGGUAAGGAGCAACUGAAAAGUUGCAGAUGGGGAAAAUCUAACUUAAAUUUGAGCAAACUUAAACAGGAAUUAGCUUCCUUGUACAAGUCUUACUUUUGCCAGGACCAACUCUUGUCUUUUAAAUAUUUAUUCAUUUUUAACCUUGAAGGGGAAGAACGCUAUGUGACUCGAAUGUUCAGGUGGGGCAGAAACUCUUAGGAGUAUUACGUUUGAGAAGGAGAAUGUUUCAACAGAGUGAUGCAACUCAUCAGGUUUGUUUUUCUUAGCUGGAUCCACUUUUUGAGCUGAAGAUUAAGACUAUUUUCAAAGCUUUCAGGUAUUCUUGGAGUUCUUUGUAGUGGUUUCCACUUCACACAAAGCUGGGAAAGGGGAGGCAGUUGAUCUGACUUGACUUCUAGGUUGACUUGGCUUUAUUUCCUAGCUUGUCAUGAGCUUUGGUCUUUCACUUAAUUUUCUAGAUGGGUUAGUAGUUGUGCUUAUGUUCCCAAAUGAGUUAAAGAUUGCCUUUCAACUAUUUUUUUUUCUCAAGAAUUACCUCAGUUUUGUAUCUGAAUCUACUGUAGUUUUACCUGGGAGGCAUGGAAUUUCCUCUUCUGUUUUUCUCUUCAUGCUCAUCCAUGAGUUUGUAUUCUUAGUUACCUUAUGGAGCUAAAACUCUGAACAGAGCUAGUAAUGCAGCUUCAACUUAAUCUUCACCUGGAAAAGAAACAGCAUGAAAUAUCUCAUAUUGAGCUCUAGAGCUUUUUUUGUUGUUGUUUGUAUGAUACAGCAGUUUUGCACAGUAAAUCAGUUUUAUGGAACCAGUUUGAUCACCUCUAGCCCAUUCUUGCCUGCCUUUUUUUAUCAAUUAACUGGGCCCUAGUGUGAUGCUGUAGACUGCAGAUGAAAAUCAGUAGCUUGGCUCUGUGGACUGUCUUCUGUCAAACUGACAGUGAUGAUUCACACCAGGAACCCAAGAUGAGGAAACUCUUGUUACAGUCAAGCACUUCUUAAGUUUGCAGAGGAUCUGGCCUGUGAGUAGAAAGGGCUUUUAGUGGCACCUUUCUCUGCAAAAUAUACUUCACUUCUUGCCACAACUGAAAAGCUUUGUGUUCAGUUCUUUCCAAGGUAAGCUAUAGACUAAUCAAGCCAGAAAAUCAUGUUAUGGUAAAUCAGUUAAUUACUAAAACAGAACUUAGGUAGGUUGGGUUGUACAUCUCAGGACAAGCUUGGUCAGUUGCUUAGUCCUCUUAGAAGAAACAAAUAGAAAACUUUAAGUGACAUCCUGAAGAACAUUGCAGGUAAACACAGCUGGAGAGAACAUCUUUUUUUUUCUUAACUUUGUAGGCUUAUUGUUCAUUUGGCUGUUCAGGAAAUAGGUCACAGGCAGGAUGAUAAUCAGAUGGAGACCUUGAACAACUACUCUAUUUAACAAAAAAAAAAAAGGCAGCCUUUUGCUGUCCCUUCUCUGACACCCACAGGUCAAUGACCAGUGAUGGGGUGUUGUAACCCGGUUGUCUGGCAGGGACAAAGAGAGGAAGUGCUUGCAGUAUUUGCUUGCAGAAGAGACUUAUGUAAUCUUGCCAUUUAAGUAGAAAAAAUAACUGGGAGUGAUUUCUCAAAUACUGGUUUUAUUUGUUGUCCUCAAAACAGGCUUUAAGCUAAUGUAGCUUGUCAGUCAGUACUCCUUCAGAUUACAGUGCUGUCACUCUGAACACUUCUUAGGUGGCAUUACGAGGUGACACGGUGAAUUGGAACUCAAAAGGAAGAGUAGUUUUCUGUAUGUGUCACAUUUAAUAGGCAGUUGUCACUUUGAAGAGGUUAAUUAAUUCUUACUGUUGAAAAUCAAUUAAUCUCAAUUACAGAAUGGAAGUUACUGACCACUCAAUUUUACAGCGCAGCUCAAAGAUGCCUCCAGUUUUGCACGAAGAAUUGAUCUUAUUUUAUUUACUGUGGCAGUGUAGAUUUGACUUGAUAAUGUAUUUAGGUUAUUUUUUUUACAUGCUGCUGUGUAAAACCUAGAGGUAGGCAUGUUGUAAGCAUGAAGCAGCUCCUGAAGACGAUUGUUCACAGGUUGAGCCAACUGAAGCCUGCAUUUUGGAUAAGCACAAAGUGGAGAAACUAAUGGGGGGAAAAACGUAGUUCAGUCAAGUAGGAAGAGUUCAUCUGUGUGCCCUGCAGACAAAUGUAAUUUCAGUAGCACAGCCAUAGUAUUUUAGAUGAAAAACAGUACAUCUGAAAAGCAUGUCCCAUCCUGUUUGUGUAUCAUCCCCUUGUCCCCAUCCCCCUGGAUAUUCACCAGUCCUGGUUACUGUAAUGUAGAAUGAACAGAAUAGGCAUGGAACCUCUGAAGAAACCAGCAGUUUUCUUUAGUGACAGCAACCUUCCACAGAAUAUCACUUCAGUAGAAAAGCCCUUUGCUGCCUUUGAUGUCUGUCUUUUCUAUGUAUGUGCCUCUAGUUCUCCUGGAAGAACAUCAUUCUGUUGUGUGCAUCUCCAGGAUUCCUGUAAAAGGCCCCUGUGAUUUUUCAGGUAGUGAGUUUUGACACCUAACUUAGCUUUGCUUGUAUCAUCAUCUCUUCAGGAGUACUUAACCAGGUUGAUAGACCAUUUGAUGCUUGCCAGCUUGAGACACAAAUAUGAUAUGCAAAACCAGAUCCACACAGGGCAGCUUGUCAUGUAAGCCAAACACUGAUCUCUCAUGAUGAGCAGUACCUUGAUUCCUCUUAAGUUUUAAUAGAAGCCUCUUUUCUAUGUCAUUUUUCCUAGUAUCAAAUCAGAUGGUGUAGUCAGGGAGUUUAAUAUAGCACUGCCAACUCUUUACCUCAGUACACUCUUAAUUCUGUAACACAAAGUGGUGGGUAGGGUGUUUCAGUAGCAGCUAUAAGACAUCUGUGCCUACUUUUGUAACUGAGUUUUCAACAGAUUUCUAGGGAGUAUCCAUUAUGGAAGACUGCCAUGUUCUGGGACAGACUUGUCCUGAGUUCAUAUUGACUCCAUACACUCUAGAUGAGGGCUGUCUAGCCUAAUGAGGAAGUAAUUGGCAAGACCUAGUGCUUUUUUGAUAUUACUUGUUUUGUGAUUAGCUGGAGUGAUCUCUGCUUUGUGCUGUGAAGUGGGCACUUUGUUUUAACACUAAUCUGUUGUUUUACAUAGAUGGAAAUGAGUGAAGCCAGGAUAUUUGGAGCUGCAACUGCUGCUCUGCUCACCAAGCGAUGCUGUCUCUUUGCUCAUCUUGGUGGCUGGACAGUUCAGCUUGAUUCUUGACAUUUUUAUCUUUCCAGUGGCAUUUGGAAAGCAGUGUUGGAGUUUGUGUGUUGAUAUGGUUGUGUUCUUACUGGGUGGGGAGUAUGGAGGUACUAGAUUGUCAGUGCUAGUGGUGCUGUGCCUGUCUUGACCGACUGUAUCACAGUCAAGCUCUUAGCAUAUGACUGAGGGUCAUAUCUUCCAUCUGAUGUGAAAGUAUUCACAGUCAGAGAGAAAAGAGCAGCAGCACUGACUGCCAAGGUGGGCAUUCUGGUGAAAAAAAGCCAAAGUAUGUUGGUAGAGAGCAAAAGAGGGGAGCUAUCUUUAAACAGAUCCCAAAAGCUCAAAGACUGACUGUAUUGAAGUGAAAUGCCAUCCACAUUAACCCCAAAAGCUUUGGGUGGCUCCAGAGAGCAAUUGGCUGUGAAUUAACAGCAGCAGGCUGGUCAUGCUGGCCCUGCUGCAGCCGCACACUCUUUCUUUACAGGCUCUCUUCAUCUGUCUAUAACCGGGUGCUAAACUCACUUUCUGCUAAAGUACAAUAUGCAAACCCCUGGCCAGACAGUGCAUCUUACUCCUUUCUAACAACUGCCUGAUCUUAUUCAUGAUACCAGAGCAAGAGAAGUAUUUGGGAGGGAGUGGCUAGGUGAGAGACUGUUCCCACCAUUUGAAAGAAAACUACAACUGACAGAACAAAAUCUGGGGGUAAGUAGGACUUGGGAGAGCAUCUUCUGAGAGAAGUAAAAUAUGGGAUGUAGCGCCGCCCCUCAGCUGAAGGCCUCCUGUCAGUCUCUUGUGUUGAGCUUUUAUGCAGGUGGUUGGGCACAAAAGCUGGGAGAAGAUAGGAGGAGAAAGGGGAUGUGGAAGAGAAAUGAUCUGGUAGCUCAUGAGAGUUGAAAGGUGCAGUUGGUGGACUUGUGUUUGAAAACGUGUUCAAACUCCCACUCACGCUAAAGCCAUUAACUCUCUGGGGUUAUGAGCAUGCUUCCAGUGAACAGGUUUUGUUACCUGGGAUGUGUAUGAGCUCAAACUGAUGAUAGAUGUGAAAAAGCAUUUCUGGAGACUCCACUUGAAAUGGCUAGUAUUUAUUGCUCUUGUGAUGAGUUGUCUUGUUUAUGGAAUCAAUAUGUAUGAAAGCAAAGUGACAAAACACAAAAGCUAUCUCAUGACACAAUCAUGUAGCUAGGAAGCCAAUUAAUGUUAUCUUUUCUCCUGCAAUGUACUUGUUCUCUGGUGCCUAUGCAUUGUAACACACACACUAUGCAAUAUCAGUCUUUUUUUAAAACCAGUUCACUGCACUGGGCAAGAAAGGCCUGAGUUUAGCCUUAAUUUUCUAACAAUUCACAGGAAAGUACUUAAAA